GGGAAAAGCAAGCCAGGAAGGUUUGCGGCCGCUUCUAGUAGUUUCCAGGCGCUGCUGGGCGACCGGGACCGGGCGGUCCUGAGGCGGUGGCUGUGGCUGCUUGGGAGCCGGUGGCGGUGAGAUCGAAGAGCCGAUGGCCAAGUGGGGUGAGGGCGACCCACGCUGGAUCGUGGAAGAGCGGGCGGACGCCACCAACGUCAACAACUGGCAUUGGACGGAGAGGGAUGCUUCAAAUUGGUCCACCGAUAAGCUGAAAACACUGUUCUUAGCAGUGCUGGUGCAAAACGAGGAAGGCAAGUGCGAGGUGACAGAAGUGAGUAAGCUCGAUGGAGAGGCGUCCAUUAACAAUCGCAAGGGCAAGCUUAUCUUCUUUUACGAAUGGAACAUCAAACUGAACUGGACAGGGACCUCCAAGUCUGGAGUGCAGUACAAGGGACACGUGGAGAUCCCCAACCUGUCUGAUGAAAACAGCGUGGAGGAAGUGGAGAUUAGUGUGAGCCUUGCCAAAGAUGAGCCUGACACAGAUCUCGUGGCCUUAAUGAAGGAAGAAGGGGUGAAACUUCUCAGAGAAGCAGUGGGAAUUUACAUCAGCACCCUCAAAACAGAGUUCACCCAGGGCAUGAUCUUGCCCACCCUGAAUGGAGAUUCGGUAGAUCCCGCCCGGCAACCGGCCCUGAAGGCAGAGGAGCGGAAGGCGGUGAAGUCGGCUCCUUCGAAAGCCCAGGCCCAGCCUGUUGGUGUCCGAAUCCCCACGUGCAAGAUCAGCCUUAAGGAAACCUUCCUGACGUCACCCGAGGAGCUCUACAGAGUGUUCACCACCCAGGAGCUGGUGCAGGCCUUCACCCAGGCCCCAGCAACCUUAGACGCGGACAGAGGCGGGAAGUUUCAGAUGGUGGAUGGCAACGUCUCAGGGGAGUUCACUGACCUGGUCCCGGAGAAGCACAUCGAGAUGAAGUGGAGGUUUAAAUCUUGGCCAGAGGGGCACUUCGCCACCAUCUCGCUGACCCUCACCGACAAGGGUGGGGAGACGGAGCUGCGCAUGGAAGGACGCGGCAUCCCGGCGCCCGAGGAGGAGCGGACGCGGCAGGGCUGGCAGCGGUACUAUUUUGAGGGCAUCAAACAGACCUUCGGCUAUGGCGCCCGCUUGUUUUAGGGCCAGCAGCUGGGAGGCCCCACCGCCCCCAUGUCUGUCCGGCUCUCUCCGGACAGGGGCUUUGACUCACAGGAUUGCACCAUCCCAACCACUAACUAGGGGCUGGGGCCCCUCCCCUCCACAUAUACUUGGGUUUGUGCAUGUUUUCUGCUGGGUGGGAUCCAAGGGUGAUUUCUCUUUUUUUGUGUACAUACGCUAAGUAAACCUAAUUUAAAAAACUCA